AUGGAUUCAACAGAUGUGAUUGACUUCAUUCAAUCUCUCCGUCCACAGAACGAAGAUGUCGCGUCAGAAAUCGAGGUGCUCCAGUCUAUCUACGGGGAAAACGCUAUCCAGAUGUGGAAAUCAUCGAGCCCGUCACCUCCUCCUCACCAUUCGACACGAUACGAAGCCGUCCUGAGCCUCCCUGCCCCCCAUGAAGAAGUUUCUAUCCGGGUGCUUGUAUCCCUUCCCGACAACUAUCCCGCAUCGGCUGCCCCACAGCUGCAGCUGCUCUCGCGCUACAUUGGUGCCUUUGGGGCCGAUUCCGCCUUGUUUGGAGCGAUACUGCGCACGUUCAUCUCGGCGACAAGCGGGGUAGAGUGGGCAGGCGAAGUCUGUGUCUUCGACGGCUUACAAAAUGUGCUGGAACGAUGCUCAGUGUGGUAUAACGAACGACUGAGCGCAGAUGCUAUCGGAGAGCUGCAAAGAGCGGACGAUCAUGCUGCUGCACAUCAACAUACCCAGGCUCCCGAACGCCAGUCACAACCUCCACCAAAUGUGGAUGUUGUUGCGCCAUUACCAGAAGACAUAAAGAUGUUUGUCGCUGAACCGAUAGCGGAUCGGAAAAGCUCUUUCGUGGGACGUGCCUGCGCCAUAUCCAGUCCAGCUCAAGUGCCCAUCAUACUCUCCCACUUGGUGUCAGAUCGUCGAAUAGCGCGAGCAGCUCACCCAGUUAUCAAUGCCUGGCGUUGUACAGUGGGCAAUCUCGUUCAUCAAGACAACGACGAUGACGGCGAAACUGCUGCUGGCGGGCGUAUCGCCCACCUGCUUCAGAUCUUGGAGGUUGAAAAUGUGCUUGUCGUUGUGACCCGAUACUUCGGGGGCAUCCAUUUAGGGCCAGACAGGUUUAAGCAUAUCAACCAGGCUGCUAGAAAUGCAUUAGAGCUGGGGGGGUUCUUAGAAGGGACCCCGUCAGCUAAAGCUCGUGGAAGAGGGCGAUAA